GAAGGAUCCCCAACCUGCAGACGCAAGAGGUGCAGGACCAUCUGUGACUCUGUGAAGAGUGAAGUGGAGAAGCUCACAGGAGAGAAUUAUAAGAUUUUCAGAGCCUUAUCCUACAAGAAACAACUUGUAGCUGGAAUGAACUACUUCAUCGAGGUCUUCAUUGGGGGGGACAAAUAUCUGGAGGUGGAUGUGUUUGUGGGGCUGCCUCACAUCAGCACUGGACCAGUCGUCACCGGUGUAGGGAGAUCAAGAAAGAAAGAGUCUGAGCAUCUAAAUACUGCACCAACUUGAUUCUAUAUAAGUUUAUAAUCUGAUACCAAAUCAAUGAUGUCAUAUGUUUCAUAUAAACAGUUAUGGUGCACACUUCACUAAUCUCCUGUGGUUUUGUCUCAUUUGUUCUUAUCUACUUCUUGUAAUAAGUGUUACAUCAAUAUUCUUCAAUAUUCUAUGGUGAUGACACACCUGAUUGGUCUGUUAUUAAUGUUCAUAUCUUGAUUUAAAAGUCCUGUGUUACACUAAAUUAACUCUUGUGACCUUAAACCAUGUUAAAAUGUUACCUCCUGAUAAACAGAUGUGGACUUUUUGGAUUGUUUCAUUCACACAUGUUUGAGUGUCCAGCCUGUCUGCAUCCCCAAAGCUCAAAAUGCUCUGUUUCACCUUGUGAUGUCAUGAAGUGGUAGUUUUCAUGUUAUCAGCUCCUUUUACCUUUAGUUCAGUAGAGAUUGACAGUUCCAGGGCUGAAUGUAUCCAAAUGAUUCUAGUCAAGGUGUCUGGAGUUUAAAAACACAAUGGAGCACUUCCUGUAUUCCACAUGACAUCACAGGGUGGAACAGAGUGUUUUCUGUCACAGGUUCAGACAGAAGUGAGAAGAAGCAGUCCAGAAAAAAAAAAGGUCAAGGACAGACAACAGAAGGAGCUCCCCCUUACCCCUUAGCCCCUCCCCCUGAUCUAAUCAGUUCACUUCACUCUGGGUUUUUCAGGUUUAACACUGUACUCAUGAACAUAAAGCAAACUGUAAACCACCAUAAUAAAAAUACUGUAAUAACCUCC